AAUUAACAUUAAUUCAAUAUUAAUUUCAAUAUAUUCUUCACUCCAAGAUGUUGUACUUAAUGCUGCAAUACCUGCUCGCGGCCAUCAAGCUGCUCGUGGCUAUAUCACCACUGCUGGUCAUAGUCACGAUAUUCGUAAUCAACAAAAAUUGGAACCAACGCUCAUCAGAUGGAUCUAGAAAGGGACUGCGCAGUACAUAUGUCGAUUCAGAUGACGAAGACGAAACGAAAGAGGAUUGAUAUGCCAAAUUCCCGUCAAAUGCAUCUUAGCUAGAAUGGUGUCAAAAUAGAUCUCACCUACAGGAGCAAUGCUCGUGUAACAAUGGUCAAAUCACAACCAAAGUGUUGCGCGAUCAUUCAAGCGUCAAUGAUAGGUAUAACAUAAGCUAUAUCUACUUCCUCGAGAAAGAAGUAACGUUAUUUAACCAACUAAAUGCGGCUGCAGUGCUCGGAUUUAUUGGAUUGUAACAUGACUUUAUUACGGAUUUUGCUAUAUAUAGUGGAAAACAAAUACUUGUCAUGCCAAUCAUUGAACUGCAAUCAUUAAUCGUGUCUAUUUAAUUAGUUAACACAUUCUUUGAUAGAAUGACUUUUCCAU